AUGGAUUUGGAGAUCGAUAACCUCCUCGAGCGCUACCUCGGGCUGCUCGAUGAGUACACCAAGUUACGAGAGGCCCUAGGCGCCACCCUGCGCUCCAUGUACCAAAACAUUGCGCGGGCCAACUUCUCGGCCGAGAGGGGCAUGCGCUACGGACCCGACCAUUUCGACGAGCGCAUGCAGGCCGUCAGGAAGCUGCGGGUGGUGGAUGCCGAGCCUGGAUCGUCACCGCCUGGCGACGCCGGUAGCCCUCGGUUCGUGGUGGCGGGGCCCGAUUCGACCGCCGCCGCCCCUGCCCCCAAGACACGAAGCACCGCCGGCGACGAUGACGCCAGUCCGUCUAGCGAACCGGGUCUCGGUCAGGGCGGCGACGGAGCAGGGAGCGAGGACGCCCGGCCCGACGAUGCCGGAACGACCGGGGAAACCGCCGAUGGCAAGACCGCCCCGGCAAGGCCCAAGGAUCCGCUGCGGUGGUUUGGGCUGUUCACGCCGGCGCCCCUGCGGUCGGCCCAGGGCCAGGCAGUCAAGCUGGUCGAGGAGCUCGUCCCGAGGCUCGCUACCGUAACGGCCGAGAUGGCAAACGUCGAGAUUGAGGUGCGCAGGGCGAGGAAGAAGCGUGCCAAGGCCGCCGCCGCCGCUGCGAAGGAAGCAGACGAAGGGCCACAAUCGAAGCAGCCUGCGUCUGGUCCGGAGCUUGCUGUUGCUUGA